GGGGUUCCCGGAACUACAACUCCCGGCCUGCCCCGCGGCGAAGAGGGCCGUGUAGGGGGAGGGGGGGAGGGGGGGAUACGGCCAAGAUGGCGGCGAGGUUCGCCAACUUCCUGAAGGAGUCUUGGGCCAAGGAGCCGGUCCUUACCGUGUCGGCGGUCAUCGGAAGCCUGGCGCUGGUGUUGCCCUACCUCAGCCCCUUGACUAAGUACUCGGGGCUGAUGCACGACGCGACGCCCUACAACUACCCCGUGCCCGUCCGCGAUGAUGGCAACAUGCCCGACGUGCCCAGCCACCCCUGCGACCCCCAGGGCCCCAACCUGGACUGGCUGAAGAACAUGUGAGCGGCCGGCGGCCGGACCCCUCCCCGCCAUGCUGGACCUCCCGCCCGCCCCUAAGAAAUAAAAGACUAAUUCCUCCCCCCGACACACCUCCCCAAUCCGGAA